ACAUGAAACAUGUAUAUACAAGAGAUGAUUCUCUUAUAUCUUGUAUGAUACGUUGGCUAUUGUAUAUUGAAGCUUGUAUGUAUUGUAUGUAGCGGUUGGGUAGCUGAUGAAACUGCUCGGUUUAGGGCAGGUAUUGUCCCUGGUGCACGGGUGGUUGUCCUGGCACGUGACCCACAACACCUCCGUACAUUUCAUCCUUCUACUUCUACUUCACUUCUACUUCACUUCUACUUCACUUCUACUUCACUUCUACUUCACUUCUACUUCUACUCUACUAUACUAUACCAAGCUGUGCCAGCAGACACUGGAGAACUGGCAAUUUGCUCCCGCAAGUCUUACACCUGGUGAAAUAUAGGGCCUAGCCUGUGCCGAUGAACCAAAGAGCUUCGAAAGUGCCGGGAUUACGAGCCAUUCAACGAUUCCGUAGAAGAAAAAUACGAGUUUUCCAAGAGGAAGAAAGACUUAGUGCCAUCGGG